AUCCUCGAUCUUAUCUCUUCGCAAUGGCUGACUUCACUCCUGAAAAUGAAAACAAAAGCAAUUAAUUAUGCGACGCCUCGACUUUGUGAUCGAUGUGCAUGGAGAGCAGUGGUGGACUCAGUUGCUGGUUCCGGGAACUGAUCCGGGCUCUGGAGGAGGAAAGGCAGAAGGUGGAGGUCUUCCAAAGAGAGCUUCCUUUGAGCCUCCAUCUCCUCAACCAAACGAUCGAGAGCUACAGGAAGUUGAUGGCCAGUGCUGAUCUGAAUAAUAAAAAUAAUAAUGUGAUUAAUCUUCUGGGAAAGCCAGUUGGAGAUCAGGAUUUGGAUGAGAAAGAUGAAGAGGGUUCAGCUGCUGGAGAGGAUAGAAAUGGCCAUAAACCUCAUAGGAAGAGGAAAAUGAAACGAUAUUGGUCGGAAGAACUGCAUGAGAGAUUCUUGCAUGCACUUGACAAGCUCGGUGGAUGCCAUGUUGCGACGCCGAAGAAAAUCCGGAAACUGAUGAAGGUGGAAGAGCUCACCAGCGAUGAGAUCAAGAGCCAUUUGCAGAAAUUCCGGAAUCAUGAAAGGAGAAGAAGAAUGAGAAGCCCAGUGGUUCGUCAGAGCAGCAGUCCUCAGCCGGCCACCACUAUAGUGGCGGCGGCAAAGAUUACCGGAAAUAAUCUUGCACCGUUUCUAACUCUGAGCUCCUCAUUGCUGCUCCAGGAUCAAAAUUCCAACUUACCAAACAGGCUGGGUCAACAGAAGUCAUUUCACGGGUGUCUUUUCUGAAUGAUACAUGUCUUGUUGGAGCAUGGGCUCAACUAGUGAAAUGGGAGAGCUUGUAGAAUUCAAAGCUUUUGAGUUUAUUAGGCACGCCCAACCUUUGACUACUGUAAAUCAAGUCUCAUUACUUCUGGCUUUGAUUUUUCUCACGUCGGCCAUGAGAUUGACAAAUUUCUUAUAAAUAUAUCUGUAGAGAUGCAUGGAA